ACAACCACCCCCUCCCUCGCCCGGAAAGACGGAAACUUCGCCCGCGGCACCUCCGCCCUCCGCCGCUCCGGUCUAAAACGACAAACCCUCUCCGUCCUCCCCACCGACCCAGCAACCGGCCGCGCUCUCAAAAACCGCUCCGACGUCCUCCCCAUAAUCCCCAAACCGGUCCUCAACCCUCUCGACCGAUCCCCCGUAUCCACCGACCCGGAUCACGGGCUCUACGAGUUCUUUCCCCAGGGCGGCGCGAAACUCCUCGCCACCCCCGAUGAGUUGUAUCAAUGUGGACGAGGCUGGACGAUGCCGGAGCUGAGGAAUAAAGACUGGGAUGAUUUGUGGAGGUUGUGGUGGGUGUGUAUUAAAGAGCGGAAUCGCUGUUUGACGGGCGAUUAUGAGAGGGAGAGGUGUGGGAAUAUGUAUGGGUUGUAUGAGAGUCAGACGAGGGUGAAGGAGGUUAAGAAGACGAUGCGCGCUAUUCGGGCUGUUCUCAUCGAGCGCUGGUAUGCGUGGGAGAAUGCCCGGGUUGAAGCUAUGAAUGAUCCGGAGGUCAACUUGGCG